AUGGAGGGUGGAGUGCUGCUGGGCUGGGGAGUGCUGGUGGCUGAGGGUCCAGGGUCCACAAAUGUGGGUUCGGUGUGGGGACCAUGCUUGAUAGAAGUGCUGGGCUCGAUGGGAACAGCACCAGCUUGUGCAAAGGAGAAGGCCAGUCUGAAGAGGCAAUAUAAAAUGAUGCAGGGUGAUUUGGAGGCCAGCAAAAUCCAUUUCCAGGACAUUAUCCGCAAGCAGUGUCUGGAGGAAAAUCAACUGCGUAAGGAGUGCAAGAAAUUGGAGGAGAAACUGCGUGUGCCUCAGAGUCAGCGGCUCAGGCAGGCUGACAUCCGCUGUGUCCAGCAGCUCCGGGCUCUCCUGAAGCGCCGCGACGAGCUCGACAAGUGUGUGGAAAAAGAGAGACUCAUUCAAAUCCAGAGUGUUCAGAAGAAACUGGAAGAGCAUAAGCGGAAGGCUCACGCUCGCCACACUGAAGAGGUCACUCACAAGCUGGAAAAUAAACUGGAACGCACUCUCAUUCGCCACAACAAGAAGGUGGUGAAGAAACAUCAGCUGAAAGAGGAGAUAGAGAAGCUGCAAAAGGACCAUGUUCAUUUCCAGCAGCUGCACCACUGUCAGCAUGAGGAGCUUCAGAAAGUCCAGCAGGAGAUUGCUGAACUCAUGACCAUGAUAGAGGAAGAACAUGAUGUCAGGGAGAAAAUACUGACAAAACUGGAGAAUUUGAAGGAGAAGAAUGAGAAGAAUAAGAAGAAACGGCUUCAACAAAUCGCUGAGGUGGAUGAGCUGAAGAGGCAGCUUGAAGUGGAGCAACGUCUUGAUAAGUUCAUAGAAACUAAGUGUCGUGAGAGGAAAGGACUGGAGGAGGCACAACUCAGACGCGGUGAAGAAAAGUUCAUCUUUUACUAUAGAUACCUUACUGAGCAAAGAAAAGAGAUUGAGGAUUUGAAAGCUGAAAUCAGAUCGACAAAAGAGGAGAUGGAGAAGUUGAGAGAUCGGAGAUCGGAAGAACCCCCCACCCUCAAUCAGCAGAGAGACAUUGAAUCUCAGAUCCAGGAACUCACUGAGAUCCUGGAUCAGCUUAAUACAGGGGUGAGCGACUUGUAUCAUGAGAUCGGUUGCGAUCCUCCGUUGGACAAAGUGCUCAGUUGUCCAGGUUGGCUUAAAGACUCCAGCCUUACAAUUCACCUGAGGCUACUGGCCCAGAAAACCAGUGAGCUGGUCGCUGUCCAGAAUUUCAUCAAAUUCAAGGAUCAGGAUCAGGAACUAGCUCAGGUGCCGGCUCUUGUCGUUCAGCCUCCUGCCGAGCAGCCUCUUGAAUUUAGUGAUAUGGAUCAAGUGAGUAUCCCCGAUUAUGACAAGCGACCUUUGACCCUGGAAGAACUUCGCCAGUUCGUUACGAAAAUGAAAAAGUGA